AUGCCUCUUGUGUUGUCUUUCAUGCGAAAUGAACCUUUGCACUCUACUGUCAUCAGUCUCGAUAAAGACAACCGGACGGCCCUGCGCUAUCACGUAGUCACCACCAGGUCCCGAGACAAGAGGACAACGACUAUAACUACGACUGCGACCGAGCUCGGUGUUGUUGCAGAAAUAGAAUGGACUCCGUCAUUCACGUCGGGCAUAGUAAUUAUGGCCGGACAACGAACACCAAUAGAUCAAUUCAUUCCCCAUGGAAGUUUGUUCGGUACCACGUACGUCUAUAUCAUCGGUGACGAACGGCGCAACUUAUCAGGGAACGACCAUGUAUCUUUUGACAGAAUACGAAGCUUUCGAUUUCGCAAUGGGGAAGAAUACAGAUGGAAACACUCGGGCGGGUCUUGCCUCUUGCUCUUCGACUCGAAGGACGAUGCUGUCGUCGCGCGGUCGCUCCCCGCCAGGGUCGGACCUGGGGAGGAGCGAGACUUGACUCUCGAGAUCAGAGAUCGAGGGCUGCGUCUCACCGACCGAAUUUUCCUCACAUUUGUGAUUGUGGAGCAUCUGGAGCGGAUGUCGCGUCUCUCGACUGCGCACAACCGCGGCAAACGCGUGUCCGACAUCGUGGGCGCCAUGUCGAUGUAUUCCGCUGUAGCGAACAAUGUCUCGAUGACUUCGAGCUUGUAUGCCACGACAAUGGGAUUGUGA